UGGCCAGAAAAGAGUGCACUCUCGUUCCGAGAGUGGACUCUAUCCCGUUAUCAGUGAUAUCAACUGCUAGAAAGAGAGAGAGAGAAAGAGAGAGAGGGUGUCCAUAACCGGGCGGAAGGCUCUGUCAAGCUUCAGUCGGGCAAUGAUUAUCGAAAGCGUCAACAACGACGAAAGAGAGAGAGAUGACGAGUUAAACUCCGAUGCGUGUUUUCCAUACAUUUUUUAUUAUCAACGACGAGAGGGAUUCGCAGACGUCCGAUGAUAUCGCCAUUCAAUAAAAUAUGACCCUUGAAAAAUUCUGGGUAUCAUCAUUUAUUAUCACUCUUUGCAUAUUUCGCAAUGAUGGUGCGUCAUCUACAUCACAGGAUGAGACAACGAUGUCGGUCUUCGAAUCGAAUUAUGAUUCUGGAUCGACGAAAAACAGUCUCUUAAACUAUGAUUCUGCUGAAUCUGUGAAAAAUUUUAUCAGUUUUGAGAAUGACGACUUUGAAGUUACGAAGACCAAAAAUUAUGAAUUUAUUACUGCGAAUUUUUUCAUCGAAUCUACCACCGAACUGACAACUAAUUCCCAGCCAAACACCGAUGAUUCUUCAUCGCCUUCAACAAUCGAUCAAACUACGCAAUCGAAGUCUACUACUACUAUCGACGAUGUGACUUCUACGGAUAACAACACGAUUUGCCUAAAUUGGCUAGAAAACACAAGUGAUAUAAAUAAGGAGAUACUUGAUUUGAAGAUAAACGAUACAAGUACAGAAUGGAUCGCUCUCUCGUGGGAAUCCCCGUGCAACGAUGCGACAAUCAUUCCGAUAAUGUAUCAUAUCGAGAGAUGCAAAGGCAAAAAUUGUAAGGAGACAAAUGAAACUGAUACAUGGCACAACGCCACUGAUCUCGAUCCAUGUACAUUGUAUAAGUUUAAGGUCAAAAUUCUUACGGAUUUCUGGGAAUCUGAAGGAAUCAAUUUAUCAGCAACAACAAAACACACUAUUCCCGAAAUCGGAGAUGUACUCGAGCUAAGUGUACAAAACGUCAGUGUUAACAUUGUCCAAUUAACUUGGCAACCGCCCGCGGUGCACGAAACAUGCAUAUCUAAUUACUUGAUUACACAGUGCGACAGUGAAAAAUCUUGCAACGAGACCGUGGUCUUCACCACGAAUUAUACCGCCGACAACCUUGAACCGUGCACGCGAUACCACUUCACUGUCAAAACGGUAACGCAAACUGUGCAAUCCGCCGGAGUGAACCAGACUGCGAAAACAGCUUCACCGAAACUAUUAGGGCCACGAGAUUUGAAGAUAGAGCCUGGAAAUUUUUCACUUCACGUCUCCUGGAAACCACCAAAGUUCGACGCACUUUGUCUAAAACAUUAUCAUGUAACCAUAUUUUCUAAGAAAUUUAACUUUCACGAAAAUACCACGGAAACAAGUAUACAAAUUGGGGACUUAAACGCUUGCGCGACGUACGAAGUGUACAUCAACACUGUGAAUGAAGACGACAUUGAUGGGGAAACGGCGAAGAAAAGUGGUACCACACGUGAAUCCAAAACAAAUCCACCAGUGCAUAAAGGCUUACCGAUCACGAACGCGAAUAACAUAUCGAUGAUCUGGAUGAUCGAGAAGGAGAACAACAAUCUGUGCACAUUGGACACGAUAAUAACUUCAUGUAAUUAUACAGGAAGCAAUGGGAGCGGCUAUAACCCUAUAACCCAUAGUCUAUCUAUAACGAAGAUCGAUUCAGAUACAGUCGUAAUAAAUACAACUGUGGCGAACUUGAGUCCCUUUACAAGUUAUACUUGCAGCGCGUGUACCGUUAAUACCGCGGGAUGCAGCGACUCCAGCGAUGAAAUCAAUGCUACGACGUUAGAAAGUGUGCCAUCUUCGCCUGAAUUUACGUUCGACAAUGUUACCGACUCGCAGUUCACUUUGAAUUGGGAAUUACCGGAGUAUUUGCCUGGUAAUUUGGAAGAGUUUGAGAUAGUGAUAACUGAUUGGAAAGCGCUUUAUCCGAUUCCGAAUUGGUGCGUUCGCGAAGAACCAAAAAGGCCCAUUAAACGAAACGUAAGCGGCAGCAUAUUUGAUUAUACUUAUUUCGAAGCAAAAGCAUACACAAAUUAUACCAUAUGCAUGAGGGCAAGAACAGGAGCUGGAUGGAGCGAUUGUGGCCGUCCUCAAAUUAUUAAAACAAGUAGCAUAGUUUCAGAAGCAAUCUCGAAAUUCAAUUCCUCUUCUAUCAUUAUUAAAGAGAGUUCGCACAACAGCAACGUGUUGGAUACAAUUGUAACGUGGGGUCUGCCGUGUUCUUUAAACGGUGAACUCGAAUUCUUUAAUGUUUCGGUUUACGGUAUCCGUUCCGGAGAGGAAUAUCUGCCUCAUUCCUUUUAUAGAAAGCACAAAUGCGCGGAGUACAUUGAUAACGAUUAUAUGUGCUCGAUAAAUCUCAACGAACUGAAAGGGGAAUAUAAUUACACCUUCACGAUAUCCACCAAAGUUAAGGGUAUCGAUACUCUCAAGUCAACGAAUUUAAGCAAGCCGUAUCCUGCCGGCAUACCACCGCAACCCGACGAUGAGUACAUCAAAUCAAUCACCAUAGAUCCGUAUAAGAUGCGCAGAUCCACAACUACGGCUGCUGUCUUACUACCCCUAUUCCCUGAUACCAACGGAGAUAUCAAGUAUUACGCCAUCAUGGUAUCGGAGAAGGGAUACAAUAAUGUUCAAUCGAACACGAGAUUCGAUGUGAAAAAUAAGUUCUGGCCCAAUGUGUCUUCUUGGGAGGAAGCGAUGAUAAGAGAUUUCUCCAUAACGUAUCAAGCGACGUGGCCGCAGUGGGAUUCUUAUCUGAGCCACAUCGUUGAUUACGGUCACAUAAAAGCCAUCAAGUAUACGAUCGGUGAGGACACCGAUUGUAAGGAAGUUUCGGCAAAUACGAACAGGCAAUUGUAUUGUAAUGGACCUCUCAAACCGGACACGUGGUAUCACGUUAGAAUGAGGGCGUUUACUUAUGGUGGUUACACCGAUUCCGACGUGUUUCAAAUAAAAACGAACGCGGAGCUGAAUGUCGCUCUUGUGGUCGGGGCCGUCUUCGGCAUCCUCUUCGUCGGGAUACUGGUGACGAUGAUGUUGCUCGUGCGAAAAUGCUCGCCGUACAUAGUAUUGCGAAGAUUCUUGCAUUCCGACAUGCCCGGUUCGCCAGUGCCCGCCCCGUUCACCAGAAAGAAAUUUAUCAGCCAUUGUCAACAACUAGUUGACAAUCCUGGAAAAUUGAGCAAUGAAUUUCGACUGCUUCAGACUCUCAGCGUCGAUUUGCAGAUGCCUACCAACACCGCUUGCUUGCAGGCUAAUCGAAAAAAAAAUCGCUACUCUGACAUUUUACCCUAUGAUUUCUCAAGAGUAAAGCUGGAAAUGAUAGAUAAUGAUCCUAAUACAGAUUAUAUUAAUGCAUCAUUCAUUAGGGGAUUUUCGGGUGAGGACGAAUAUAUAGCUUGUCAAGGUCCGAAGGAGGAAACCACUUAUGACUUUUGGAGGAUGAUCGAUCAAUACAAUAUUAAUAUUAUAGUUAUGCUAACACAAUUGAUCGAGAAAGGCAAAGAAAAAUGUCAUCAAUAUUAUCCAGCGAUUAGGGAAACCUUUCGAUAUGAGAACAUGACGAUACGAUGUACAAGCGAAUUAGAUUUCAGAACUCACACUCAAAGAACACUUAUAUUACAAAAGGAAAAUAAAAAAAGAAAUAUCACUCACUUGCACUUUAAAGAUUGGCCUGAUCAUGAUGUUCCGGAAGAUUUCGAUGCGAUGAUCAAUUUUUGUCAAAUUAUGCGCCGCAAUAUUAGCAGCAACAAGGAUUACAUUGUUGUUCACUGCAGCGCAGGCAUCGGUAGAACAGGAACGUUAAUAGCGAUAGAUAUUCUUCUGCAACAUCUUAGAGAUAACAGAAAGUUAGAUGUCUUCGGAACUGUAUAUAGACUGCGACAUCAUAGAAUAAAUAUGGUGCAAAGAGAAAGUCAAUAUGCUUAUAUAUAUAAUUGUAUAAAGCAAGUACUCAAGAAUCCCUAUUUCUUAAAAACUUAUAAACCACCACCGGUUGAUCCAGUAUACGAGAACAUCUCUAAGGUCAAAGAUACAACGAAUUCAGAUAUAAAUCUAGUCAACAAUCUUGAAAUAUUAAAAAAGCACAAUAGUUCUGUAUCUAUGGAAUCUCUGGAAUCACUCUACAAUCUCUUUCCUUGGUCAACGAGAUUCCAAAAAAGAAAUAGCGGUUUGAGACAAUACAAAUCAAUGGGUUCCAUAAAUGUAAAAACCCAACAAAUUUCUAUAGGAAAAUCCCGAACUUUGGAUUGUGUCGUUUAUAAAUCACUGAAUAAUUCAUCAUAUGAAUUAGAUAGAGAAAGUAUAAAACAGGAGAAUUCUCCGUUAUUGUUAACUUGUUCAAGAUCAGCUCAAGAUGUACUUGGUGAUAGCACGCAAUAUACAAUGGACAGUAAGCAUUGUCAUAUCAUUUUGUUGAAAUUUAUAUUUAUGUAUUGCAUGAAUUGUGCGUUAUAUAUUUUCCUUGCACAACAGUGAUUUAUGAAAUCUAUAUUUUUUGCAGACAUGUGAAAGAGAUGAUUAAGUUGUAUAAUUUACAUACAUUAAAUUAUAAUCACAGAGAAUACGUAGAUAUAUAUAUUCGAUUGGAUUAUAAACCAAUUAUAUGUAAAUAGACCAUAUAUUAACAAAAUUAAUAGGAAUACUUAGGAUAGAAUUAAUGUUACUUUGAACAUUCUUUACAAAUAAUCACAAUUCUGUGCAAGCAUUCCCAUAUAUUCAUGUAUAUGUAUAAACAAAAUGUAUUAUAUAAUACUAUUUAAUGCUUACUAGCAUUAUAUCGUACAUAUUAUCUUAAAUAAUCUCUAGUCCAGUUAAAAUUGGAGUAAUUGAAAUAUUUUAUAAAGAUAAUUAGAAAAUCUUUGAAAAUAUAAUCCAUAAGAAUUGUAUAUACAUUUCUACAGCUUAUAAAGAUCAUAUAUUUUAUACACGCAUUUAUACUUAUAUUUAAGAUACGCAUAACACAUACAAUUACGAUAUGAAGAAAU